AUGUUCAGACAAUUAAUUAAACCAAGAAACUUAAGAAUUCCAACUUUAGCUAACAGAUUCUAUUCAUUUGAUCCUUCAUCUCAACCAAGAAUCAGAAUUGGAUCUGAAGCUCCAAAUUUCCAAAUUGAUACUACCAAAGGUAAAAUUGAUUUCCAUGAAUUUAUCGGAAACGACUGGGUAGUUUUCUUCAGUCAUCCAGCUGAUUUUACUCCAGUUUGUACCACUGAAUUGGGUGCUUUUGCUCAAUUAGAACCAGAAUUCAAAAAAUUAGGUGCUAAAUUGAUUGGUUUAUCAACUGAAGGUGUUGAAUCCCAUAAUGAAUGGAUCAAAGAUAUUGAACAAUAUAACAGUACUAAUGUUAAUUUCCCAAUCAUUGCUGAUGAAAAUAAAGAAGUUGCUUUCAAAUAUGAUAUGUUAUCAGAAGAACAAUUCCAAAACAUCAAUUCUGGUUUGGUCCCAACUGUUAGAUCAGUUUUCGUUAUUGAUCCAUUGAAAAAGAUUAGAGCUAUGAUCACUUAUCCACCAUCUUUAGGUAGAAACUCAGCUGAAGUUUUAAGAAUUGUUGAAGCUUUACAAGUUGCUGAUAACAAUGGUGUUGUUACUCCAAUUGAUUGGACUACUGGUAAAGAUGUUAUUAUUCCACCAACUGUUUCCGAUGAAGCUGCUAAAGAAAAAUUUGGUGACUUCACCAAGCAUUUCGAUUACUUAAGAACUUUGAAAUUAAAAUAG